AACUCAACUUAACUUUUAUUUUGAAAGGAGGCAGCAGACGGACGUGUCGGACGUUUCCUCAGAGAUGUGUUGAUGUGGCUGGAUUUCAGAGUCUGCUGCUAAAGUUAAACUGUAAACAAUAUUCAUGGAUAACUCCGGGAAAGAAAAAGAGGCCACGGCUCUCAUGGCUGAAGCCGAGAAGAAAGUGAAAUCCUCGCAGUCUUUCUUUGGCUCUCUGUUUGGGGGCUCUUCAAAGAUGGAGGAUGCUUGUGACCUGUAUGGAAGGGCAGCAAACAUGUUCAAGAUGGCCAAGAACUGGAGUGCUUCUGGAAACGCUUUCUCCCAAGCAGCUCUUCUACACCUGCAGAUGCAAAGUAAACAUGACGCAGCCACAAACUUCAUUGAUGCUGGCAAUGCCUUUAAAAAAUCAGACCCUCAAGAAGCCAUAAACUGCUUGAACAGGGCCAUAGAGAUCUAUACAGACAUGGGUCGAUUUACAAUUGCAGCGAAACACCACGUCACCAUUGCUGAAAUUUAUGAAACGGAACUGGUGGACAUUGACAAGGCCAUAGCUCACUAUGAACAGGCAGCAGACUAUUAUAAAGGCGAGGAGUCCACAAGCUCUGCCAACAAGUGCCUUCUCAAAGUUGCCACCUAUGCAGCUCAACUGGAGCAGUACCCUAAAGCCACUGAGAUCUAUGAACAGGUUGCAACACAUGCAAUGGACAGCACUCUGUUGAAAUACAGCGCAAAGGACUAUUUCUUUAAGGCUGCUCUCUGUCACUUCUGUGUGGACAUGCUGAAUGCUAAGCUUGCUGUCCAGAAGUAUGAGGAAAUGUUUCCAGCCUUUUCAGAUUCACGUGAAUGCAAAUUGGUGAAGAAACUUUUAGAUGCCUUUGAGGAACAGAACGUGGAUGCCUAUACUGAUGCUGUAAAGGAGUAUGAUACCAUCUCACGACUGGAUCAGUGGCUCACCACCAUGCUGCUUUGUAUCAAGAAAUCCUUACAAGAUGAUGAAAGUGACCUUCGCUAAGAUCCUCUUCCUCACCUGUGCCCCUUUGCCACUUGCUCUGCCUCGUGCCUUUAACACCGUGACUUCAGUAUGAUGGUCGGCUAUCGCCAUCUCUCGCUCCCUUUUACCACCAACUCAACUCUCAGUGCCUUAACUUCCUUGCUUUACCUCUCUCUCUCUAUGACACGGCCGUACCGCCAAACCUCAGAGAACACUAAAGAAAGGAAGGCUGUUGUUUGAAUGAGAUUUGAGGGAUUGUGGCUUGAGAGCUGAAACCAGCUUCAGUUGUAUCAUUGGGUGCUAUGCACACCGAGCUUCAGAAACGCCUUGUGCUCUGGCUGAGAAAACGCUACUGAGCUCAAAAAGCCUUUGUUCAUUCUGUUCAAUUCUCUAGUAGUGGCAUAUGAAAUUUUAUUCUUACCGGAAAUACCAUACCUUGUAUCUCUGCCUAUUUUUUGCUAGCUGAUUCCUGCGUGGACUAAUCUUGAAAAAUUACAGUUUUUUUUGUUUUUUGUUUUUUGUCAUAUGGAGAAGAAAAAUAGUAAAAUAAGGACUGGUUCAACCUAUACAGUGUGAAUUUAUUUUUUUAUUUUUUAUUGACUCCCCAAAAUGGGAAAAACAAGGCCUGUUGCCAUCUUUCUUGCAAUAGGAUAAAAAAAAUUAAUUCAUUGGUUAUUAUAUAAUACAAUUAGUCUUGCUGUGAAUUAAUUGUUCCAUUUAAUAAAUGCUAGAACAAAACUGAAGUUAGGCUUUUUUAUAUUCAAAGAAUAUGAACAACAAAAGUUUAUUUCUCUGUUAAAUAAAGGACUAAAACCAAACCCUACAUUGGCUAGAGCUUUGCAAGGCACUUUAAUAGAAUACAAAUAUUUGGGUUUUAUAUUUGAUUAAGCUUAAUCUUUUAAAUCUAAUGUAAAUCAAUUACAGUCUAAACACAAGUUAAAGCUGGGGUUUUAUUUUAGAAAUAAAGCCUACUUUUUCAUUUGGAGUUUCUGCUUCUUUUUUUGCUAGUUAUUGAUAAUGGAGAUGAUUAGUAGAAAUUUGCACGAGCCAGCUUUUAAUGUUCUUUGACACGCUCUUCAAUGGUGCACUCGGGUUCAUAAAUUUCAGAACUCAUUGUGAGCUUGUUGGUCCUCAUUAUCAACAUGCAGACUUAAAUCAUUGGUACUUGGUAUUAAUAAAUCCAUUUAGGGUC